UCCAAUUCUCAAGGAAGGACUUGUUUUAGGGUAAUAUAAAUAUGCUAUCCUACCAGAAUCUCCUGCCACAGCCAUUCUUUCGAGUUUCUAUUUGUUCUUCAUCUUCGUCGUUGCUCUUUAUUUUUGUAAUAUUACGAUUCCUCUAUCUUUCACAUUCUAUUAAAUAUUUAGGAUGACGAUCCUCAUCAAUCAGCCUGAGCUUGGAAUACAAGUGGAGGACCAGAGACACCAGCAUGAUGUGAAGGAGUUGGUUUUGGAUGGUGGAUUUCCUGUACCUGAUAAAAAAGCUGUAUCAGGCGAUGGAUUUGAUGCACCAGAAAUCAAUUCAUUUGGAUAUUCUUUCAGGGAUUAUCAAGCUGAAAGUGAAAGGCAAAAGACCGUCGAGGAAUUUUAUAGGCAGCAACACAUCAACCAAACCUAUGAUUUUGUCAAGAAGAUGCGAGAGGAAUAUAGCAAGCUGGAUAAAGCUGUUAUGAGCAUUUGGGAAUGCUGUGAGCUUCUUAACGAAGUGGUAGAUGAUAGUGACCCUGAUCUUGAUGAGCCCCAGAUUCAGCACUUGUUGCAAUCCGCUGAAGCUAUUAGAAAAGACUACCCUAACGAAGAUUGGCUGCAUUUGACUGCUCUUAUUCACGAUCUUGGAAAGGUUCUUCUUCUUCCCCAGUUUGGAGAACUUCCUCAAUGGGCUGUUGUAGGAGAUACAUUCCCUCUUGGCUGUGCUUUUGACAAGUCCAAUGUUCAUCACAAGUACUUCAAGGAGAAUCUGGAUACCAAGAAUCCUGUGUACGGCACCAAGAAUGGAAUUUACAAGGAAGGAUGUGGGCUGGACAAUGUAAUGAUCUCAUGGGGGCAUGAUGACUAUAUGUACUUGGUGGCCAAGGAAAAUGGAACCACUCUACCACCUGCUGGAUUGUUCAUUAUCCGAUACCAUUCUUUCUAUCCUUUGCACAAGGCAGGGGCAUACACACACCUAAUGAACAAGGAGGAUCAAGAGAAUUUGAAGUGGCUCCAUAUCUUCAACAAGUAUGACCUCUACAGCAAGAGCAAGGUUCUUGUUGAUGUUGAUGCGGUGAAGCCAUAUUAUCAAUCUCUUAUUGAGAAGUAUUUCCCCGCAAAGCUUAGAUGGUAAACUACCAAGGAAGGGACGAAGGAACUGGAGCAGUCUGAUGCUUGUGGGCAAAACAUGCAAUCAUGUUUCGAUUAAUGUAAAAAAAAUAAAAAAAAAAAUAAAAAAAUUACUGAUUAAAUAAUUAUCAUAUAUGUAAAUGCUUAUCUAUUCCCUCCA